UGACCAGUGCGAGGUUGAAAUAGCGGAACCUGCUUUCUGGGAAGCACAGACUUGGAAAGGAGUUUGGAUCGAAAUGCAUUACCAGUGAAAACAUGAAGCAAGUCGGCCGUCUCCUGCUCAGCCUGUUGCCAUGGAUCCCAGGACUUCUUUGUGGGCUGAUGACCGAGGACCAGUUUACAGUCCUAGAGGGUAAUUCCCUUAUUCUGCCAUGUCAUUAUGAGCCGCAAUAUGCCAGCAACGUCAAGUACUGGUGCCGGGGAAAAAUGCGAGAGUUCUGCACAAGCUUGGCCCGCACAGAUGACUCCCUCUUGGAGAGCCAGUCUGAGGACAAAGUGACUAUUUUUGAUGACCCGGAGCAGCGAGUCUUCACGGUGACCAUGAAGAACUUAACGGAGGAAGAUUCUGGCUGGUACAUGUGUGGUCUGGAGCUUGGUGGAUUUUGGGAAGCUGACGUCCGAGCCUUCACUUACGUCAAGGUCAGCACAGGAAUAUCUGUCGUGAACGACAGGCUGAGCGGGGAGGAGGGUCGCGGCGUCACAGUUCAAUGUCUCUACAGUCCAAAAUACAGAGAGAGUGAGAAGAAGUGGUGUCGGAUUGGAAACUCGAGUUCCUGCCUGGUGACAGAUGACGAGGGAAGCUACGAGGACGUGUCUGUGGCCAUCACUGAUGACAAAACGGGGACGUUGACCGUAACCAUAAAGAAGCUGCAGAUCAGCGACAUUGGCUGGUACUGGUGUGUUGUCGGACCAAAGCAGACUUCAGUGCAUGUGCAGGUCUUACCCCGACCAUCAACUACAGCGGCAGCCUCGACGACGAAUUCAUUCGCUGCGGCAAAGCCGUCGGUUGCGGAUGCAGACGACCCCAAACAGCGCAUCACAAACGAUUGCUGCAUGCGACAAACCUUUCCCGCGCAGUCCGUGGUGAUGUUUGCUUCAUUCAUGCUGCUUGCGGCCUUGGCUAUAUUAGCAAUGAGGAUCGGGAAACAUAAAGAGUUUGCAAAGUUAAGCCAAACUAUGGGGAUGAAAGCAAGAAAUAAGGAUGACUUGGCCAUCGUGACCCCCAAAAAAACCCCUGCAGUUUUCGUCACCAUCGAUCCAAUGGAUGCCCAGGUGCACUGAAAUAGCAGACCACCGUUUGGUUGUAUUUUUUCCUGACUGCCAGGAGCAAAGAGGAAAAAGGAGAUCCCAUCACUUCUACGUAAACGUCAAUUCAAUUUGAGAGAAUCUAUCUGUCAAUCUGUCUUUUAUUUUUCUUAAAUAUAUAUUUUGUAUUUGCAUCUUAUUUUGUGUUUCACUGUGUUUGUGUGUGUAGUGGUCAUACUUCCCUGCUCAUAGGGGGGUGGGGGGGUGUCAUCUAAAAAAAUGACUUCAAUUUUGGGUUGUUUCUAUGAAUUGUAGGAGUAACUAAUAGACUUACAAAUCAUUGGAGUGUGGCGCUGAUGCCAUCAGAAAAUCGUGUGCGAGUGAAGUGUGAAAUUGAAUCAAAAGAAUCAAACGCCAGCCAAUCAGCCGUUCAAAACUCAAAAUGGUUUUGGUGCAACAUCGACACUUGAUUGCCUUUUCUCAAACCAUGACGGUGCUCUAGCCUCAUGUUGAUAUGUGCGGUGUUGUUUGCUGUGGUGCUUCGGAUUCAGCUGCGAAAGGGUUAAAGAUGCAGACAUUUUCUUUUCACAGAAUACCUGCAGAGUACUGGUCGUUCUUUCCCCUCCAUUGCCCCGAGCAAAAGAUUACAUGUGCUCUGCUAGAUGAACACCUCCCACUCCUGAAGUGGCUAUAAAAA